AACAUUGAAAAUUAUUUUCCCACGCAAAGUUAAGCGCCUAAUAUUUCGCUAAAAUUGCCAAAGUUCAAAAAACAAAAACGUAUCCUCCAAAUUUUAAUUCAAUUUAAUGUCUUGACAACGAUAUUUCAUUACGUUCUAUUCAAAUUCCGCAACCCCUCUCUUUCUUCUCUCUUCCAUCGCUACAUCGCUACUCUUUCUCAUUUCUCAAUUUCUCAAUUUCUCAAUUUCUCAAUUUCUCAGGCGAUUUAAGAAUGGCAGGAAAAGGAGGGAAAGGACUUCUUGCAGCGAAAACCACCGCUGCUAGCAAAGAUAAGGACAAGAAGAAACCUACUUCCCGCUCAUCUCGUGCCGGAAUCCAGUUUCCUGUGGGUAGGAUCCACAGACAGCUGAAACAAAGAGUCCAAGCCAAUGGGCGUGUUGGAGCAACAGCUGCUGUUUACUUAGCAUCCAUUCUGGAGUAUCUGACUGCAGAAGUUCUUGAGCUCGCCGGAAAUGCAAGCAAAGAUCUGAAGGUGAAGAGGAUAACACCAAGACAUUUGCAGCUUGCAAUUAGGGGAGAUGAGGAACUUGAUACCCUUAUUAAAGGGACAAUUGCUGGUGGUGGUGUCAUUCCUCACAUUCAUAAGUCGUUGAUCAACAAAACUGCCAAGGAAUGAGAUGUUUAGUUUUUGUUUUUAUGUGACUGUUUUUUACUUUAACUAGGGUGUGGUUUUUUAUUAUGGAUUGAAAUGAUGAUCAAAGUAGGGUAGUUUUAGAAUUGAAUCAAUUAAUAUGUUACUGUGUAAAUGGUGGUGUUCUCAUGUGAUACUAUUGAAUGGUUUAAUUUGUUUGUCUA